GAAAUAUCAAAUAUGAUCGCUGAAUAAUGUGAGCGACUAUUUCUCCUUCCUUCCGCCGAAGACAUUCAUCGGACGGAUCGCCGGAUACAGGUUCGGCGUAGCUCCUUCACCGGAGUCCGGCACCGACCAGAGAAGAAGAAAGAAAUUUUGUAGGGUUUCACAAAUGACUAGUGAAGAUGAUGAUUCAGUAACGAAGGUUCGAAUUGAGGAUGCCAGAGCAAGAAACAUUAGUCAUAAUGUUCGUUGCACCGAGUGUGGUAAUCAAUCCAUUGAAGAAUCUCAAGCUGAUGUCGCCAUUCUUCUUAGAAAGUUAAUUCGCGAUGAAAUCCGAGCUGGGAAGAGUGAUAAAGAAAUCUUCAAGAAACUGGAGGAUGAUUUCGGGGAAACAGUAUUAUAUACCCCAAAAUUCGAUUGGCAAACUGCAUCUUUGUGGUUGUCACCAGUUAUAAUAGCAGCAGCUGCAGGUGGAAUAUGGAGUUAUAAUCGGCACAGGAAGAAGACAAACGUGCAUGUAAUGGCAUUGGAUCUUAUUCGAGGAGUUGCUUUGACUCCAAAAGAGAAGGAAACCAUGCUCGAUCUCUUAACUCCUCCACCUCAAGAAACACCUAUAACCCGUUGGUUGAAACGACAGUUUUACCAAAAAUAGGUACCUGUCUUGUUUUUCUCGCAGUCUAGAUUCUUUUGGGAAUUCCAAUAAGGCUUUUGGGUUUCAUAAGACAAAUCAUUAAAGAGACUUUUUGGAAACUCAAGUUCUCGUUUUUGCCAAAUAUCACUUUUUUCAUACAAAAUGUAAACAAAAUCACUGUCAACUUUUGAGUGACAAAAUAUCAUUUCUUAUUUCUUGUUGAUCAAACCAUUCUCUUUGACUCUAUCCCUUAAAUAAUAGUGAUUGUGGAUUAUCUUUUGAA